AUGGGUGCCGUUUCCGCCGUUUUCCUCGUCCUGAUCACCAUUCUCUUGCCUCCGGUAGGUGCCUAUAUUGUGGCAGGCUGCGGAGCCGAUCUCUUGAUCAAUAUCUGCUUGACACUGCUCGGCUACAUCCCAGGCCACAUCCACGCCUUCUACCUCGAAUACGUCUAUUACGAACGCAAAGAGUCGGCCCGCCAAGGCCGCUUCACUGCAACGCGCGCCCCGGGCGUCUACAGCGAAAGGGUGCAGAGUGGUGGUCAUGGUUACGGUACUAUGGUUCAACCUGUCAACUAA